AUGUCUGUAAAUUUGCCCCCAAUUAAUUCCCGGCUCAGAGACGACAGCAUGAAGCCGAAGAAACCAAAACUAAUUGGACCUCUGCCCCCCAUCGGUGAGUACAUCUUCAGAGUGAUCUCGUUCAUGUUUUAACAUGAAUUUAAAAAAUCAAAAGAUCAAAAUAUUAGACUAGAUUGGAUUUGAACUUGAAAUUCGAGAAUCCCGAGUAAAUACUGGUCUUUUUCUUGAAGGACUUCUGACCAACUUGUAUAAAAUCAAAAAAAAAAAAAAUUUUAGAGACAAGGAAACAAGACGUUUCGAGUAUGUGGAGGAAGAUCGAAAACAAGAUCCAUCCGGUCAUACUGCCCAAAUUAAUCGCGGCCGAAAAGAAUUCCGAAGCAGCCUUGGAAGACUACAUCACGGACACUGGCAGGAUCACUCAGACCUCCGCUGAUUUCGUCAAAAAAUUUGAUUUCUUCGCGGAAUUUCUUGCCGGUAAUGACAUUGAUGCCAGAAAAUUCUCCGAAUAUCUCAAAUUUCAAAAGUAAGAACUGUUUUUUUGAUGUGUCAGCUGUCUAAAACUGUUUGCAAUGUAAACACAAUCCUUAAAAUUGACCGCUGCCACUGUAAAUAAUCGAUUACUCACAGUGUUUGUUCAGUUUCUGCAAGAUUCACGGUGAUUCAGAGAGAAAACAGCGUCUUUUCUACUCAUUGAAGGCCAGAAAAUCGAUUAUUCAGAGGCAAAUCCAGGUGGUGGACGAGGAAUUGAUCUCGUUAGAUGAUGCAUCGAGGGUGUUCAAUCAGAUUGCGAGCGAUAAUGUGGGUCUGAAUAUUCAUGACUUUAUUUUAUUCGAUUUCAGAGCGAAAAUAUCCAAGAUCUUUUUAAUCAAUUGGUCGAGAAAUACUCAAAAUUAUCAUACGAAUUGGUGUCCAUAAAGGCCAAAGAAGAGUUUUGGAAAACAAAACUCAAACUUCAGAAGGCGGUGUAAGUCGAGAAUUAAAAAUUUUAAUUUUGAAAUCACAACAUUACGCCAAAACAUAAUGCCAGAAUUAAUUUGUUGAUCGAAGACAAUCUUUUUUAGAGCUGAUCGUGGAAUCGACGACGAUCAAGUGAAUAUCAUGAAGCAGGAGCUGAAUAUCGAAUAUCUGCUCUCUAUUUCCCUGGACAAACAUAUCUCGGAGCUGGUCACUCUCAAUUUUGACAUUUUGUCAUCUGAUCCGAUGGCACCCGAGGUGAUGACAGAGCCGCCAAAACAAGAAGAAGAUCCCAGACCUCAGUCGAAGCAGUACAUGGAGGCCCUCAACCAAUUAAUCCAUCUCAAACCAAAGCCCAAAAAAAGAGCAAAAUAA